AUGAAAUACUACUGGGAUAAUGAACUUCAGACUAAAGAAGAAAUUACAGCUGAUAGAUGGUAUCACAGUGGUGAUAUCGGUGUUAUGCAUGAAAAUGGUUCACUGAGUAUUGUUGGCAGAAAAAAGGAUAUGAUUGUACGUGGUGGUGAAAAUAUUUAUCCACUGGAAAUUGAGCAAUAUCUGUUCCGACAUCCAAAAAUCGAAGAUGUACAGGUUGUUGGUGUACCGGAUGAACGAUAUGGCGAAGUAGUAUGUGCAUGGAUACGGCUGCAUGAUUCAGCAGAUGAUAUUACAGAGGAAGAUAUCCAAAAUUUCUGCAAAGGACGAAUUGCACAUUUCAAAAUCCCACGAUAUAUUUUAUUCAAAAAAGAAAACGAAUUUCCGCUGACAGUAACGGGUAAAGUAAAAAAAUAUGAGAUAAGAGAAUUAUCAAAAAUUGAACUUGGCUUAGAACAGGCCAGACGUAUUGAUCAUUUCAAUGGUGAAUGGAUUUUCGAAGAACAAGCAGAAAAACAUUCUACAGAGCCGAGAGGUUGAAAACUGUUUCCUAAGCAGAAUUUCAUUACCAUUACCAUCAUCGUCAACAAUCGCAGUAGUAUUUCUAUUCUUCGUUUUUCCUUUUUUGCUUUAUUUUGCAUCAGAAAAAUACGGUUUCCGCAAGAUAUAUAUGUAUUAAACAUGACCC